AUGAUCGCAAAUUUACCGCUAAUCAACUAUGGCCUGAGUGAGCUUAGGGCUUCAGAUGAAGUGUAUUUCAAUAAUGAUAAUACCGAGAAUCUGGCUUGUACAAUGAUAUAUAAGUCUGGGUACAGGUGGGAGAAACUAAACCUGGCAGCCACCAUGUCGGAGAGGCAGUCGUCGAGUAGAAAGCGCAGCGCUUCAGCAGCUGGUAUGGAACGUCCCGAAAAGGAGUCCAAAAAAACAAAAACAAAAACUGCGCUCGAAAAAAAGCUAGUCAAGCUGCAGCAAGUCGUCAGCGAACUCUCUGGGCGAUCGGACGCUUGGGGAGAUUUCGCUCCAGAUGGCUUUGUCAACAAACUGGCCGGCUUACGUGACCGUAUCAAUGGACUAACUCCCGAAGCGGUUAGAGAGUUCAUUUCAGGCGAAGGACUCAAGACUAGUUUGUUCCUACUGAAGGUUCAGGAAACAAAUUUGAACGAACCACUUCCCCCCAUGGAUCCACAGCGGCUGGAGCUCACACAAGAGGGCCGCGAACUAAUGGCCAGCUAUGUGAAAAGUAUUCGGGCUCAUUUGACUGCAAAGAAUGGCGUGAGCUCCAACGGAGAAGAUGAAUUUACCUCCAAAUACUUAUCAAUAGCCAACAAGCUCUGUCAAGCUAUGCCAUCAGCCUUUGAUUCUGAGGCUCAUAGACGAAAAGUCUUUGAGGAGAUAUUUUCCUCACUUGACGAGAAGCUAAGGCCACGUCAGGAAUUCUCCCUCGAAGCAAAACCCUCUACAGUCCUGGAAUCUGCUGGCCAAGUUGAUAUGGCCAAGACUAUUGGGUGUAAAGGGGGCGAAUUGGCU